AUGUUGUUUGUCGACUCUGCUUUCUGCGGCACGCCUGUUGCUGGGAAAUUGGCAUCUGCUACGGUACCACCUUCAUUUCCUUUUUUAAUAGGGAGCCGCAUCCGUCGCCGAAAGCGAGUCUUUCGGGGGCCCUUCGGCGGCGAGUCCCCCUGUUUAACCACCGGAUUGGAAGUUACAUUAGGUGGUGUAUUGGUCUCUCCAAAAAAAUUGUCGGGAGGCCUCGUCCAGGGUUUCGCUGUUUCUCUUCUCUCAGUUGGACUGCCUAGAGAUGAAGCCUUGUCAGAGUCGCCAGAGCCCGGCAACGCCACGGACCCCACCCCUUCCGUCGGUACUAUCGCAGAGUUUCCUGGUAGAGGUCCAACAGGCUCUGCUGGGUGCAACAGCGGAUUUUGCGGAGGUGAUAACCUUGCUUCGGGCGCUCUCGCAGGUGACAAAGAUUCUGACAUAUCGCUCGCACCAUCGUCAGCGGUCACCACGGGAAUAUCCCGCAACUGCUGCAACAAGUUUCUGCAGCUGGUGUUGGUUCCCUUGGACAAAAUGCCAGUUGUGGGGGUUGUCAACGCUGGAUCCUUCGGCGGCGCGUGA